GGGUUCGACGAAGCGACACAGCGGGAACUAUUCUCCGUCUGUCACGGCAGACCUCCUUGCUCGAUAUCAUCGUGCGACGUAUCCAAUGGCGGUAUUUUGCUGCUCUGGUAAAGGUGCAUUUUCCGUACGAUUUCGGGAGACUGGUAUAAAUAUAAAUGUUGAUCUCAGAGCUGCGAGGAGACGUUACGCGGCCGUAUAACGGUAGCAGCCCGUACCUGGCGGUCAUGUAAUGAUCCUGGACACGUCGUCCAGGGUACGUCGAGAAUUUUCGGGCCAAAUGUCAGAGAAAUCAUUCUGCUGAUCGGAUUCGGAGUAUUUCCCGUUUUCUCAAAGGAAGCUAAGAAUGCGUCGCCGUUAAACGCGUUUUUAUCGUAACUGUUAGCUGAUAUAAUUUAUCCCGCCACGAAGAUGGGCUUCUCCACGAGCCUGCAGGGCCAAGCAUCGCACGAGGCGUUGCUGGCUCGCCAGGACGCCGAGAUCAAGCUUCUGGACACGAUGCGAAGAUGCCUUAUAGUAAAGGUCAAGUCCGAUCGGGAAUACGCUUCUACGGUUUCCUCGCUGAUCGUUCAGGGAAAGAAAAUUGAGCGCAAUGAAGAUCUUGUUGGCAGUCUCAUAGUGCAGAGCUGGAGAGAUAUUAUGGACUCUAUCGAUCAGACGGCGAAAUUGAUUAAGCAACAUGCAGACUCUAUUGAAAAUAUUGUUCUGGAUCACUUGAGUACAUUGUAUACGGAAAGGAGAAAGGCCAGAAAGCUUUAUCAAGAGGAGCAGACCUGGCUGACUAAUCAGUUUCAACAAUUGACAGAUGAUGUAACUAGGAAAAAACUGGAGUAUCAAAAGAAUCUGGAAAUAUAUAAAUUAGCGAGGUCACGGUUUGAAGAGUAUUAUGUAAAAUCUGGUAGAAGUGGCCGCAAGUUAGAUGAAGUAAGAGAAAAAUAUCAAAAGGCAUGUAGAAAACUUCAUCUAACACACAAUGAAUACGUAUUAUUACUAGGUGCUGUGACAGAAUGUGAACACGAUUUAAGAACCUGUUAUUUGCCAAGUUUGCUUCAUCGGCAACAAGCUAUUCAUCAAGAAUUUAUAACAUCUUGGAAAGGAGUACUACAGGAUAUUGUAAAAUUUUCGGAUUUUACAACAGAGAAAUUUCUGGAAACUCAUGUACGAGUGCAAAAAAUAGUUGAUAAUAUUAAACCUAUUGAAGAGUAUAGAGAUUUUAUUGGAAAGCAUAAGACUAGUCCAGCAUCUCCAAUCAGAUUCACGUUUGACGAGAAUCUUGUAGAUGAUACCUCAGGGAAACUAACGCCAAAUAAGCUGACUGUAGAUAAUCUAACUAUAGAUUGGUUGAGAAGUCGUCUUACGGAACUUGAAGCUUCUCUCAAGACUACACAACAAAAUCGACAGAGCCCACAAUUUCUACAAGAAAAUAAUAGCGACCCUAAGAUUUCAAUCUUGGACUAUUCUCGCGAAAGAGAAGAGCUGAAAUUACGUUGUCAGGAGAAAAAAUUACAAAGACAGGUGGAAGUCAUUAGGAGUGCGCUUAACGAAUUAGGCUGUGAAGAAUUACCUUCUGGUUGCGACCUCUCUGUGGAAGGCUCUUUCACUGAUUCACCUACAAAUAAUAAAAGAAAGAGAGUCAUAGACAGUGGUCUGUUUACAUUAAGGAGAAAUCAACGAUUUAUGACAAUAUUAAAAUCACCUUUCAAAUCUAUGCCGACAAUUAAUGAUUCGAAAAACGGACUAAUUAGGGCAAAUAGUGAAGGGCCUACAGCCAAAGCAGACAAUAAUAUCCCCCCUGUUGUACCGUUGCAUUUAACUAACAACCAAAAAGUAACGGCUGGCGAUCUUAUAGAGGAGGAGUGGUUUCACGGGGUUCUACCGAGAGAAGAAGUCGUAAGACUACUUGUCAACGAAGGAGAUUUAGUACGCGAAACAAUGAGAAACGAUGAAUGUCAAAUAGUUUUAUCCGUUUGUUGGGAUGGACACAAGCAUUUUAUUGUACAAACUUCAGAGGGUCAAUAUAGAUUUGAGGGACCUACAUUUUCAUCUAUUCAAGAAUUGAUCGCGCAUCAGUGGCUAUCCGGUUUGCCAGUGACUAGUCGAUCCGGUGCUAUUCUUAAAACGCCAAUUUUGCGCGAACGAUGGGAGCUUAAUAACGAUGAUGUCAUGCUUUUGGAGAAAAUAGGUCGAGGAAAUUUCGGAGAUGUUUACAAGGCGCAACUGAAGACCGGUAAGACUGAUGUGGCCGUGAAAACGUGCAAAGUAACGUUACCAGACGAACAAAAACGUAAAUUUUUGCAAGAGGGGAGAAUAUUGAAGCAAUAUGAUCAUCCGAACAUAGUCAAAUUGAUUGGUAUAUGUGUUCAAAAGCAGCCGAUUAUGAUUGUGAUGGAAUUGGUACCUGGUGGUUCGUUACUUACGUAUUUACGAAAGAAUACUAGUACAAUAACACAGCGGGAACAAUUGCGUAUGUGUAAAGAUGCUGCAGCUGGUAUGAGCUACUUGGAAUCUAAAUAUUGCAUUCAUAGAGAUUUAGCCGCUCGCAACUGUCUCGUAGGAUACGAGUGCAUAGUCAAAAUCUCUGACUUUGGAAUGUCGAGGGAAGAGGAAGAAUAUAUCGUCUCAGAUGGUAUGAAACAAAUUCCCAUUAAGUGGACUGCACCAGAGGCCUUGAACUUUGGUAAAUACACAUCCCUCUGUGAUGUAUGGAGUUAUGGAAUUUUAAUAUGGGAAAUAUUUUCCAAAGGCGGCAAUCCGUAUAGUGGUAUGUCCAAUUCGCAAGCACGCGAAAAGAUAGAUGCAGGAUAUCGAAUGCCAGCUCCGGAUGGGACACCCGAAGAGAUAUAUCGAUUAAUGUUACGAUGUUGGGAAUACGAACCCGAGAAACGACCACAUUUCGAUCAAAUAUUCACCGUGGUUGAAACGCUGUCUCAAGCAUAUCUAUAAGUAUUAAGAGUACUAUUAAGUGGACAAACAGCACAAAUAAAAAGUAUAAAUUGGUGCUAUAAUUUCCUGACUUAUUUUGUAUAAUUUACGAAUUAUAUAAAAUUCAAGUUGAUAUCUAGAAGAUAGGUUUUAAAAGAAUGAAAUGCUCACAACCAAACUGUAUUUUAUUCUGUAAGUAUAUAUUUGUAUACGUAUGUAUAUAUACCAUGGAUAUAUCAUAAUAUAUCUCUGGUAUGAAUAUACUAGUAUAAGAAACACGUAUUAUAUUAAGUUGCCAUUAUUAUACGUCAUUGCGAAAUCGCGUAAACGCCAUUGUUUACGUUUUUCGUAAUAUAUGUUUAAUUAUUAUGUAUUAUAAAUUAUUAUAUAUUUCUCCGUCCACACAUACACACAGACCCAGACACAUACACGCAAUAAUUCAGCUUAUUUUGCAUUAAGUGAUACUGUUGUCACUUUUCUAUAGUUUAUUUGGAUAUAUAUGUAUUUUUAUUGUUAUGUGUAUUCAUGAUUAUAAUGCAAAACAUUAGUAGACUUAUUUAUUUA